GCACACACACACACGCACAUGUACGCACACAGGCACACUCAUUGAAAAAGUCGGAGAAUUGUGUGGGAAAAAAAUCGUGUAUAACUAACAACGAAACGCGCAAAUUGUGCAAAUGCAGAUGCCUAGUGCCAAAGGCAAAGUGUACGCUUAAGUGUAUUACGGGUGUGUGCAUUCAUUUUGGGGCGGGGGGCGCUGCAAAAUUCAUGUUGUCGCUAAACUGUCGUCGUUGUAACGCGAAGGAACUGUGUGUGUGUGAGUGUUGUUGUGUGUGUGUGUGAAGAGUGAAACCUACAACUUUACUCCCCAAAAACCAACAACACAGCCACAACAGCAACAACAACAACAACAAGAGGUAGCAGCAGCAGCAGCAGUGUUGAGAGAGAAAAGAUGGCGACGAAUCGCACCAGUCGCAUACAAUCACAACCAAAAAUUUUCCCUUCGAUCUUUUCGAAACUACACGGUGCCAUCUCGGAGGCAUGCGUCUCACAGCGUUUGUCCACGGACAAGAAGACGCUGGAGAAGACGUGGAAGUUAAUGGACAAGGUGGUCAAAUUGUGCCAACAGCCGAAAAUGAAUUUAAAGAAUAGUCCACCAUUCAUACUCGAUAUACUGCCGGACACGUAUCAACGAUUGCGUUUGAUAUACUCAAAGAAUGAGGAUCAAAUGCAUUUGCUGCAUGCCAACGAGCACUUUAAUGUCUUCAUCAAUAAUCUAAUGCGUAAAUGCAAACAGGCGAUUAAAUUGUUCAAGGAGGGCAAAGAGAAAAUGUUUGAUGAGAACUCACAUUAUCGUCGCAAUUUAACCAAACUCAGUUUGGUCUUCUCACACAUGCUCAGCGAACUGAAGGCGAUCUUUCCCAAUGGUGUCUUUGCUGGCGAUCAAUUUCGAAUUACCAAAGCCGAUGCUGCAGAUUUCUGGAAGAGCAAUUUUGGCAACAGCACAUUGGUGCCUUGGAAGAUCUUUCGACAGGAGUUGAAUAAAGUGCACCCGAUAUCAUCGGGCUUGGAGGCCAUGGCAUUGAAGACGACCAUCGAUUUGACGUGCAAUGAUUAUAUAUCGAAUUUUGAAUUCGAUGUCUUCACACGUCUAUUUCAGCCUUGGGUCACACUGCUGCGUAAUUGGCAAAUUUUGGCCGUCACCCAUCCUGGUUAUGUGGCCUUUCUCACCUACGACGAGGUGAAGGCGCGUCUACAGCGCUACAUCCAUAAAGCGGGCAGUUAUGUCUUUCGCUUAUCCUGCACCCGGCUGGGACAGUGGGCCAUUGGCUAUGUGACGGCCGAUGGUGAAAUAUUGCAGACAAUACCACAGAAUAAGUCGCUGUGUCAAGCGCUGCUCGACGGGCAUCGCGAGGGCUUUUACUUAUAUCCCGAUGGCCAGGCCUACAAUCCGGAUCUGUCGUCUGCCGUGCAAAGUCCCACAGAGGAUCACAUCACCGUCACCCAAGAGCAAUAUGAGCUGUACUGUGAAAUGGGCAGCACCUUUCAGCUAUGCAAAAUCUGCGCCGAGAACGACAAGGACAUACGCAUUGAGCCUUGUGGUCAUUUGUUGUGCACACCCUGCCUCACCGCCUGGCAGGUGGACUCCGAGGGACAGGGUUGUCCGUUUUGUCGGGCCGAGAUCAAGGGCACCGAGCAGAUUGUUGUGGAUGCCUUUGAUCCCCGCAAGCAACACAAUCGCAAUGCAACGAAUGGCAGACAUCAGCAGCAGGACGAUGACGAUACAGAGGAUAUGGGCGACUUCAAUAUUGCCACCUCAUCGCUGCAUGCGUUGAGCACCUCGGCAUCGGCACAAUCCUCGACGGAGAAGCACAGUCCGCACACUUCGCCCCGCUUGGGCAGACGCAGCACCACGCCCAGCCUGAUGGCCGUACAAAACGAUCUCUAUGCCGGCGGAGCGCCAGCAUUAAGUUUGCCCAGCACCAGCAACAAUUGCAAUGGCGUAGCCAACAACUCGACGCAACAGCAACCACAACCAUCGGCGCCGCCAGCAGCAGCUGUGAUCAGCAAUGGCAUCAACUCGAGCAACAGCAGCAGCAACACACAACAAAAGUCGACGAAUCGCAUGAGUGCACCGCUGAUGGGAUCGAGUGUGAUCAACUCGACGUAUGGCCAGAAGUUGCCCAGCAAAACGGACAAUGGCAACAGCAGCGAUGCCGCCUCCAUUAGCUCCUAUGCCAUACUCCAAAAUCUUCAAGAUGCCGUCGGCUCUGGCUCGAGUUCCGGCUCAAGUUGCAGCUCCAGCUCAAGCUCAACAGCUGUCACAGUUGUGGCAGCAUCAACAGCCGCUGCUGUGGCGCCUCCAUUGCCGCCACGUAAGUCACCCGGCGUGGAGACGCCCGUGAAGCCAAAUGGCAGCACACCGUCGAGCAGCAAGAGCAUCGACAACAUCCAGUGUAGUCUGGACAAUGUGCCGCCGCAGACAACGGCGCCGCCGAUACCGCCGCAUGUGAGCAACAGCGUCGAUACGCUGGCCGAGGAUUUGAUGCGACAGCAACGCAUCUCGAGCAGCACCACAUCGCCGGUGUUGUCGCUGCUCGACGAGAUGGUCGUUGAGGUGGGACCUGCAGAGACCAUUAGCGGUGUGAUUGACACGCGUCCGUUGGAGGCACGCGGCACAUUGCCCAAGCCCAGCAAUAGCAACAGCAGCAGCAACCACAACACCAACACCAACAGCAGCAAUAGCAACAACAGCAACAACAAUGGUGGAUCACAAGAUGUGGCCAGUUCGCAUUAUACACAGCUGUGUACAACAACAACAAGUGCUGCAGCUUUGGCAGCUGCUGCUGCCUUGGCCAACGGAAAGAAGGCAACACUGAAGCAACCCGCAGUUGCAACUCCUGUGCAACAGCAGCAGCAGCAACAUCACAAUAAUCAUCAUCAGCCGUUGCUCUAUGCGAAUGUGACGAUCAAUCAAAAAGACUGCGGCUCCGUGCCCUAUGAGAAUAUCAAUUUGGAGUACAUUGCGCGCUUGAUGAACGCCGGCUACUCCAAGGAGAAUGCGAUCACAGCGCUGGGAAUAUCGCGGAACAACAUCGAAAUGGCUGGCGAUAUACUCCGUGAGUUUGUCUCCAAGAACAGCGCCUAAAAGUGCCCAGCACAGUGUGAUUUUGAGCAUAAUGAUAAGAAUGAAUUGAAUGAAGAUGAUGAUGAUCGAUCCCAAAACAAAACAAAAAGCAAAGCAAAAAGGCAAAUGAUAAAUCAUAAGAAUAAUUUGAUAUUCUCACGCACUCUCGCUCUCUGUCUGUCUCCCUGUCUACCCUAUUCUCUACUCUCUAUCCUAUAUAUAUAUAUAUUUCUCAAUCGUCGCUUCAGGAGCACCAAACACUUCAUCUAGAAUUACGCUAACACCCCAAAAAAAACAAAAAAAAAUAAAAAAUAUAUAUAUAAACACACACACAACCACAUCUUUGGCGUAGCCAGCACAAGCAAUUAGGCGUAAAUAAAUCUUUCGCUCUCUUAAACAUAAUACAAAAAAAAAAAAAAUACAUUUAAAAUUAUAAAUACAAAAAACCAAAAAAUCAAAGUGCAACUCGUCAAGUUCUCACACUCUUAAAAGAAAAGCAACAAAAAAAUUAAGCACAACCCAUUUAAUAUCAAAUAUAGCUAUAUAUACACUUAUAUUAAGACGUAUCUACUUCUUCCUAUUAAGCAAAUUAAAUUUAAAAAACAAUUACAAAUUAAUAAAACAAACAAAAAAAACUUCAAAUAUACGCAGUUUCGAUUCGAGAUCGAAACUACAAUUUGCCCACCCCACUCCACUAAAUAAAAGAGGAAAAAAUUCGAAUUAUGCUCCUUUCUUAAUACAAAAAGAAAAA